ACAAAAAUCGGCCGCGUCUCUUGAGUUCCUCACACAUCCAGUGCAAUCUAAUGGCGUCGGUCCAACCCUUCGCGCCGAGCGGUUGGUUUUAGGAAGUGCAGAGGGGUCUUUGAAUUUUGUUACGCACUCAAGACACCCAGGAAUAACCAGUCAUGUCAACGCACUGCUGCUGCGCCCUUCUGUAGUGCAACGAGAGUGUAACCUACACUCAUGUUCGUGUCAUAACAGCGUGAUAGCCGAUACCUUCGUUUCAAGGCGCCGUGAGCGACGGAGCACCAUGACGACCGACGGCGUGACGACGGAGGCGGCGGUGCGGGCGGAGGAGGUUGCCGGCGGCGACGGAGAUGGAGAUCUGGCGCUGGAGGAGCUGCAGUCCUGCAAGCUGUGCCUCGGGGAGCUGACCGCUGACCACAUGACCGCCCUCACACACUGCCACUGCGUCUUCUGCACCGUGUGUCUGAAGCAGUACGUGGAGCUCCUGAUCAAAGAGGGGCUGCAGACGGACAUCAGCUGCCCAGACUCGGCCUGUCCGCAGCAGGGACUCCUGACGGAGAGCGAGGUGGAGCUCCUGGUGCCUUCAGAAGUGCUACAGCGGUAUCAGCGGCUUCGCUUUGAGAGAGAGGUGCUGCUGGACCCCUGGCGGACGUGGUGCCCGUCGUCGUCGUGCCAGGCCGUGUGCCAGCUGGAGGAGGCCGGCGUGCAGGACGUGCCCUCUGUGCAGCGCGUGUGCUGCCCGGUCUGCAGCACCGAGUUCUGCUCGGCCUGCCGCACCCAGUGGCACCAGGAGCAGCCGUGCCAGGAGAGCGGCCCCAUCACCAGCCUCCUGCCCGGGGACAUCAGCCCGUUCUGUAAGAGCGAGGACGAGGACGCCCCCAUCAAGCGCUGCCCCAGGUGCAAGGUGUACAUCGAGAGGGACGAGGGCUGCGCCCAGAUGAUGUGCAAGAGCUGCAAGCACGCCUUCUGCUGGUACUGCCUGGAGUCGCUGGAUGACGACUUCCUCCUGAUCCAUUAUGACAAAGGGCCGUGCCGGAACAAGCUUGGCCACUCCCGAGCAUCCGUCAUCUGGCACCGCACUCAGGUGGUGGGUAUAUUUGCCGGUUUCGGUUUGCUGCUUCUGGUCGCCUCUCCGUUCCUGCUCUUGGCCACUCCCUUUGUGCUGUGCUGCAAGUGCAGGUGUCGCCGCGGCGACGACGAUCCGCUGCCCACUUAGCGGGUCCCACAGGUCUCCAUUUAGGUCAAAGGUCACGUCAGGACCCGCCUCCGCACCUCUUGAAACCGCCGGAACCGAGCUCCACCGCGAGCGGACUGCGACCAGCGCCGCAAACCCGACAGGAAGCAGGAAGUCCCACUUCCUGUGCAGCUUGGUGGUUACCGUAGUUAUUAGCCUCUGUCAAGGGGCAACUGUCCUGUCUCUCCUCUAUAGAAGCUGACUUGAUGCAAGGAGGGACCAAAGAGAGAGAGAGAGAUGGAGGGAGGGAUGGAGAGGAGGAGAAAGGGAGGAAAGUAGUAAGGGAAGAAAGCAUGUAGCAAAGAAUUAUGUCCUUGUAAAGGGGUGUUUUGCUUCAAAUUCUCAAAUUGUUUUAAAUUCUCUUUUCCGUUAUUCUCUUCUAAGUCUACUAAAGAGACGUGUAUGUGCUCCAGCUCCACCCAUAGAGAAGGAGAGCUUGUGUGUAAUUUGUUUUUGUAAAGUCUUUUCAUCAUGCUAGUACUUGGUAUGUAGGAGUUUUCUCCCUUGUGUGGAAUUGCAGUCAUCCCGAGCAACUUCCUCAUCAUUAUUAUUCCAACGCCUCUCCUCUCAUGAUGUUGUGCACUGCAUUUCCCACACAACUGGUCUCAUGCUCAUUUCGGGCUGCUGCGGAGGUUUGAGUGUGUCAGUGGGUAGCAGGCAACGUGUUUGCAAAUGCCAAAGCAGAACUUACCUCCAGGCCUGUUCACAGACAGGCCACAACCCAAUCCACCUCCAGUCUGCCAUGAUAUCCCCGGUCUUCACUCAUGCGCACCACAUGUGGCCGAUUCACUUCCCUUUUUUAGUUUAAUAGUGUUAGUCAAUCGGCUGGUUAGGAGGGGUGUUUCAGAGGUGCACUACCCAACACACUUCCCAGUAGCAACCAGACCAGACCGGCUUCUCUUGAUGUUUAGACGAAAAGGCCCGUAUGUUCAAACCACUGAUCUUCUUCUGUGUCAUCUGCUUCGUAUAUUGCUGGUGCUCCUCACUGAGGUUAAGGCGGCAAAUGACAUGAUCCUACAUGGUUCACUCAAGCAGCAAAGCAGUGUUAUAUUCGUCCACUAGAGGUCAGUCUUGUAGCUGUGUGGCCUAACGCCUGAUUCUGUUUGUUAUUACUGUAAGGACGGUGAUUGGCGGUGACAGGACUGAGCAUAAUCUUUCUAGGUGCAUUAGAUCAGUAGAGUUAAGAGGGAGCUACUGAACCAGAUCCUGAAAAACAUACUGAACUAUCUACCUAAGCAGAUGCAGGACAAACAAGAAGAGGCAUGUUGCAGCAGAAUUGUAUUGCCACAAGAAAUUUAAAAUGAAAGAAUGACAUUUCAGAUGAGCUACCAGUACAGACUCUGGCCUGUAUAGUGUCUUUUAAGAAUAUUAAUGUAACUGAGUACAGAUUGCAUUCAUUUCUCAGCAGGUAGAUCAGAAUUGCAAUUGUGUUAUUUUAAGUCUGGACCCAUAGCUGAUAUGACAACUAUUAAGGUAUGUUACUUAACUUGGUCUUUUGUGCUAACUGUAGCAGGUAAACCAGAUGUUAUAGUUUCAUUACUUUUAUAGGCCAAUAGAUGUGAUGCGCUAGAAAGGAUAGCUCUUAUAAAAUAAAUCAUCACUUUGGAUUAUUAUCAUACGGCUUAUCUCAGCUGCAAUAUCAGUAGAUGCCAAGUAGGACAGGAAUAUUGUAGAGUUCAGGAAAAGUUCCAGCUGUAGUGUUUUUUCAUCGUUUGAUCAGAAACUAGGACUUAUUCUGAAUUCAUAUAGGUGAGUUUCAAGGUCUGGGGGGUUAACAGGGUUUUCGUUAUGCCGGUUUAAAUAGUAGGCCACUAUAAUCCGCCCAAGAGGUGCCUAACAAGCUUCUUUUUUCAGCUUCACCAGUUAGAAUCAUAUCUUUGCCAAAUCUGAGGUUACGGCCAAGUUGUGCAAUUCUCAGAGAUUCUAAGAGAUUUUCUUUCUCUUUUGCUUUCUUUGAACAGAGGAGUACUGUUGUUUAUUAAACAGAGGAGUACUGUUGUUUAUUAAACAGAGGAGUUUUGUUGUUUAUUGAGUGAAUCCUCAUUCUGUAUUUGUAUUAGAUCACACAUUAUCGGCCUGUUUUCUAUUUUGUAAUUUACAUUGCUGUAUCUUUGACCCAGAUAAGAUGUAUGAAUGGUUUGGAUGGAUGGUACACAAUGCUGAUGUACUCUUUCAGAAGGAUUUUGUCUUGUAAGGUUCCUUCUGUUUGUGGAAUUAAAAAAAAGUUGAGCAUU